CCCAGAUCUCCAAAGUCACCUAGAUCACCUAGGAGUCCACACAGAAGAUCUAAAGAACACGGAGGCCAUAGUUACAUCGAUAUCGAUAACUAUCGAAUAUAAAAUCACAUCACUACAUUGCUAUAAGAGACAUCUGUUACUGCUCAUUCGAACUAAACCAAGUAGAUGACGGCUACAAUAAUAAGCAAAGUGAAAUGAAUCCAGCAAAUGUUUAAGCAAAAUUACAUUACAGCUUCGAUAAUUUCAUUUCCAUAGCUUUUUCUCAAAAGCGUUGCUAAAUUUUUGACCUAUGAAGGAAAUUGUGCCCACCGUAUCGCCAUUUUGUUUUGAUACCGACAGUGUCAGUCGAUUUUGCAGAUUUGCCUUAUCGCGAUAAAAAGAGUAAUAAAACAAAAGUAGACAGGAUGGAUCAGCCAAUUAGUUCAGCAGAUGGUGACAUCCAGUAUGUGUUGAACAAUUCUUCCCAAUUUAUUCUUGAACCAUCGGAUCCUGAAAAGCUUGGAAAUGUAUUUUACACUGAUGGGACACAAGCAAUAUUUGUAGAUGGUGGAUUAAUUGCCGACUCGACGGAUGGUGAUGGACAAACGUAUGUUUUGCAAGAUUGUGAUCUGAAUCAGUAUUACAUACCAGAGACAGGCGACAUAUUUCUGUCAGAAGAAGAUCAAUCUUCAUCUGGUUUUCUAGAAACAGUCCCUUCUCAAUUAGAAACUGAUGAAUCUACCUCUUCAAAUCAACUGGUUCAAAUCAUCGUUGAAGAUCAGGUGGUCGAUUUAGAAGAUUUCAUACAACAGGGAGAUGCGGCAGUUGUUCAGAUUGCGGGAGAGGAAAACAGAUAUCAAUACGCAGUUUUAAAAGACGGAAAGUUGCACAUACAAUCUUAUCCUGAAAUUGGCGAUAGUCAAGACCUGGUUCAAGUGGCAGAUGAGGCUCCAUCAACAGAAUGGGAUAAAAUAACCGGCAGAAACUUAAUUACUGGGAAACAGCUUAGUUUGAGAUCUUUGGCUGAAAAUCGCCAAAAGAAGGUUUUGACGAAACGCAAACGAAAGAAUAAGAAUGGAUUGUUGGGACUACUGAACAAAAAAUUGGAGCUUGGACAGACUGUGGAUGGCAAAAAGUUGUUUCUAAAGAUUAUACAUAUAGGGAACAAGCCAGAUGUGAGCAUUGAAAAACCUGCGGAUCAAAAAAGUGAUCAGAGUAACCAAGUAACAUGUUCGCCAAAAGAUACAUAUUCCGUGAAUUCAGUGAAAACUGAAAAUAAUGAGGAAGAUACAUGUAAUCUAGAAUUUCAAAGCACAAAUUAUGUGCUACCAACAUCCACAAUAAAUGAAAUCGUUUCCACACCUACCAACACUGCGUUUAUUAUAAAAAGAAAGUUUGUGUCCAAGGAAGUGUUGGAUCAAAUUUCGAAAACACUGUCAGGUCUGAUGAAAUUGGAAAGUGUCAAAAAAAAAUUGAAGAACAAGCUCCUUUUGGUGAAAGUUGUCGAAGAGAGAUAUGUACAAAGCAAAAAAGGAUUUGAUAAAAACUGUUCCUAUAGUUGUGGUUGCAUAGUAGACGAAUAUUUAGUUGACCAGGAAACUGGCGAUUUAGUGCAAAAUUGGACGUACAUAGCAGAAGAAAACAAAGAACCUGAAGAAAAUACCAAUGGGGAAGCAGACAGGAAAACACAGCUCCUAGAAGUUCUCCAACUAACCUUGCUGAUCACCUACCAAAAGAAGGGACCGCACGUAAAGGUGAUUCUAGAUCCUCACGGCACGCUUUUGCAAUGUUUAAAGUGUAACAAAUCAUUCAAAACGAAGGGAUUGCUAUAUGCACAUCUCGCCAGUGAACACGGCGUCAAUGUAGCGACUAAACAAUGUGGCAACUGCUCUUUCACGGCCACUUCUGAUUCCGAGUGGGAGGAGCAUAGGAAGUACCACGAGGGGCAACAGGUGUUGGGCUGUGUUGAAGAAGGAUGUGACGCGUACUUCUCAACUUUGAUAAAUCUAAGUAAACAUGCCGAGGUCCACAAGAAAAAUAACAAUAAUAAAAAGUAUGUCAUUUCUCCUCACAGCAGCCUUUCCAGUAAGCAACUGUCAUCUUUAUACUUGGCUGAAGAUCUGAAUGGCACAACAAAAAAGAGUCAAGAGUCAAAACAGGGAAAAAUCUUUCAAUGCAAAUCAUGCAAACGGAUUUUUUCUAGAUAUUCUAACCUUAUGAGGCAUGCUGAAAUACAUACGGGACAAGAUAUGUACAGAUGUUCUAUUUGUGGGUCUACCUACCACUAUGCUUCAUCACUGACCAGACAUAUGGUACAAAAUCAUAUCAAAGCUUAAAAUGUUGUACAAAGAAAUACGUGAUUUCGAAAUUUAUAUGUUUUUGUUAAUAGAUUUAUUUAUUAUGGAUAAA